AUGACUGAAGAAGAUGAAGAAAAAGAAGAUGGUAGUGGUGGUGGUAAGGAAGGAAUGGUGGUGGGUGGUGGGUGGUGGGUGGGUGGGAAGGAUUUAGACAUGCUGAAGAUGGUUAAAGAUACUGACUUUUUCUUUAAGCAUCUAUGGGCGAAGUUGUCUUUCAAGAAUUGUGUCACCAAAAAAGAGUUGUAUAAUGACAAAUGCAAUAAAAACGAUGAACAAGAAGAAUCUAUGUACAACUUGAUGGAAAUGUUCAGAGAAGGAGGCUCCACCUCGAGACCUCCUAUGCUGGAAGGAGCCAAUUAUCCAUACUGGAAAACCAAGAUCCGUGCUUUCUUGAGAGCUGUUGAUGAAAGAGUCUGGAUGUCCAUAGAAGAAGGGUGGUGGAAACCAACGAUGAUGGAGAAUGAAAUCGUCAUACCCAAACCAAUGAGUCAAUGGACCACUGUUGAAAUGGAAAGAGCGAAUUUCAACUCAAAGGCUCUUCAUGCCUUGUUCAACGCUGUCUCCACUAACCAGUUGAAGGUUAUAGCCAAUUGUGAAAUUGCUAAGGAAGUUUGGGAGAAGCUAAAGAUUAAGAACGAGGGAACUGAUGCUGUCAAGAAAUCAAGGCUGCGUGCCUUGGCAAAGGCUUUCGAAAAUCUCACCAUGGAGGAGGAUGAGUCUGUGGCUGAAUUCCAUGCAAAACUUUGUGACAUCUCUAAUGAAUCAUAUGCUCUGGGGAAAACUUACUCUAACUCGAAAGCGGUUCGAAAGGUGCUUGGUGUCCUCCCCAGAAGAUUCAUGUCCAAAGUUACCUCUAUCGAAGAAAUGAGAAACAUUGAGGAACUCGAUCUUGACGAACUCAUCGGGUCAUUACAAAACUAUGAGCUAUCACUGUCUAGGUGGAAGAAAACCAAGAAACAAAAGGAGAUGGUGAAAGAAAAAUCAGAGGUUGGCAUUGCACUUAUUCACCAAGAAAACAAAAAACCUGUUCUAGAGGACUUAAAUGGCAUUACAGAUGAAACUGUUGCCAUGUUAACAAGAAACUAUGCAAAGUUCUUGAAAAAGAACUACAGGAAAAAUUCACCAGCUGACAAAGAAAAUCAAGCCAAGAGAAACAAAGGAAAAAAGGCCCUUGCAGCAACUUGGAGUGAUAGUGAUGAGGAAAAGAACUCCACAGCCAGUGAAGGAUCAGAUGAGGAGAAGCAGGUACUUGCAUUCAUGGCCCAAAGCUGUAAUCCAGUUGAAUCUGAAGAUGAUGCAGUCUCCACCUCAUCAGAAGCAGACAGCACAGGUCGUCAACAUGCUUAUGAAGAAAUGUUUGCACAAUGGGAGUACAUGACUAAACAGAUUCGUGCCCUAAAGAACUCCCUUGAGCAAGUGGAGACUGAAAAAGGAAAGUUAGAAGACUCUGUCAAAAACCUCAACCGACUUCUUGAUGAAAAGGAGAAUGAGAUCUACAAACUCACAGCUGAUCUAAUCCGAACCAAGCAAGCUUUACAGUUCAUUCCCCCAGGCACUGCUGCCAUCAAUCAAACCCUACAGCUUCAGAAGCCCUAUGGUGAUCGAACUUCAUUAGGAUAUAAGAUGCUUUACAAGCAAGGGAAUGAGUUGUCUGUUGAGCAUUCCUUACCUUCCAAUGUCAAUUCAUCAAAGAAGGAAGAUGGGUCUCCUGACACCUCAAUCACCAUUAAUGAAUCUCACUCAUCUGAGAGGAGACAGGUUCCAACUGGACCCACCAAACUCAAAUUUGAAGGAAGGAGGACUGAUGCUGACAACUUUCCACAGAAUGACAAUUUCAUUCCUACAUGUCAUUUCUGUAAUAGGAGAGGUCACAUUCGACCUAAGUGUUACAAAUUGCAGAACUACUUGAAAGCCAUGAUCAAUCGACCAAAUAGUUUCCCUCCACCAAAUAAGUCACAUCGACGCAAACCUCGUCAAGAAUGGAAAAUAAAGUCCAAACCAAAUUAUGAUGUUGGUUUGGUUGCAAAGCUAUCUCGGUCUGCCUUUGUUGAAGGUCAGUGGUACUUCGACAGUGGAUGUUCGCGUCACAUGACUGGAAAUAAGAAAUUGCUAGUUAACUUCAAAGAUGAAAAAGGAGGAUCUGUCACUUUUGGGGAUGGCAACAAAGGACAGAUUGCUGGGAGAGGUGAUGUAAAUGUGAAUGGAGCAGCUCAACUGACAAAUGUCUUAUAUGUGAGAGGACUCAAAGCAAAUCUCAUCAGCAUCGGUCAAUUGUGUGACGACAAUCUCUCUGUAAGUUUCACUAAAACUCAAUGUUUAGUUUCAUCUAAUGGGUGUGUUGUCUUAACAGGAAACAGAACUGUAGACCAGUGCUAUGCUGUAUGCAAUACCAUAGUGUGCAACAGGACCUUCUUGGACAAACCUGACUUAUGGCACUACAGGCUGGGACACUUGAACUACAGAGAUCUCCAAAGAUUGGUGAAGCUUCAAGCUGUAAAGGGAAUUCCUGACAUGAAAGUUUCCAAGGAAAGAGUAUGUGGUCCAUGUCAGCUUGGAAAACAGCAUAAGGCAUCUCAUCCCACAAUUAAUAAACUUCUCACCUCUCGUGUGUUGGAACUAAUGCAUGUUGACUUAAUGGGGCCAAUGCAGAAUGAAAGUAUCAGUGGAAAAAGAUAUGUAAUGGUCUUGGUGGAUGACUACUCUCGGUUUACCUGGGUUGAAUUUCUUAGAGACAAGUCUGACACAUUUGGAUCAUUCUCUGCCUUGAUACUGAGAUUGCAAACUGAGAAAGACUCCAAAGUUGGAAAAGUUUUUUGA